GUGAGUUCCUUGAGACUGAAAUAGUUAGCCUUCCUUUUUUCUUUUUGAAAAAAAAAAAAUACUUAGAGAACCAAUCAAAUAGUACAUAGUUAGGUGUUGUUUGUGGGGUUUACAUGGGGAUUUAUGUAUGCCAAAAGUACUAUACAUGUAAUUUUUAUUUUGUAUUUCAUUUUAAAUAGAUAUCAUAAUAUUGAUACAUGAAAUUCUUCUCAUCACCAUAAUAUCUUCAAUAUCCAUGUAACUCAAAAAUUUCUCUGUCACCCUCAUAUUUUCAAUACUAUUGUAUUUCAUAUUUAAUUUCAAGUUUAGUUGAUUUCCUCGCGUGAUUUCAUAAAAACUUUUCAAAUUCAUGAAUUCUAAAACACCCGAUAACCUUCGAGUGAGUUCGUUUGAAACUGAAACAACUAGCUAGCCUUUUUUUUAAAUAUUGGAAGGACCAAUCAAAUAGUACAUAGUUAGGUGUUGUUUGUGGGAUUUAUAUGGGGAUUUCUAUAUCUAUGGCAAAGGUACUAUUACAGCUAAGCACCAACCAAUAAAAUUCCAAAUUCAAAACAUUUAAAAAAUAAAAAAAAUCAUUGUCAGCCCAGCCCACCAAAGAAACAAAAACUAACAAUUGAUAAAUAAAUAAAUAAAUAAGAACAACACAAAUACAUAAAUUUGUGGGAAGGUAAUUAAUAAUAAGGCAUGCAAUUAGCUCUUCCUUCACUCCUCCACUACUGUAUAAAAAUACCCUCUACUCCUCCUCUACAGUACUACAUAUAUGCAAGAAGAAAGCCCUCUCCUCUCCAUGGCCAUCAUUACCCCAUCUGUCCUCUCUUCAGCCUCUAAUCAACCAUCUCCACUCGUUUUUUUUUUUUUCUUCUUCUUCUUCUGAAUCAAGUUCUUCAUAGUCUCGUCGCUUCUUCUUCUUCUUCUUCUUCUUCUUCUUCUUCUUCUUCUUCUAAGCUCUCGAUCGACAGGGUUUUUCUAGGGAGCUGGGGAGAGGCCGAGCCGUCGUUUGCUGAUGUAGCAUCAUCAAGAUUCACAUGCAGAGAUUCGAUUCAAUUUGGCAGCUGAGAAUCUUGAUGAUGCUGCAUCGGCCAUCGACGGCUGUUUAUAUACAUGUGUUUUACAGAUCCAUGAAAAUGGAGAUUCCGUCAAUCAAUCUAUCCUCCACAGGUGAGCAUGCAUCUAAUUUCAAGCUAGCUAGGGUUUCAUUUUCCCUUCCCGCCCCUGACCGGAAAGUACUCUUAGGGAAGAUAAACUCUAACCACCAUGGUCACCGUUCAAAUCAUGGCCGGUGACUGCAAAGUUUUUAGAUAGCAUGAUUUUAAUUUGUUGCUAUGUUUCGAAGAUUUGUCAUCAAAUAAAUCUGUAUAUAUGUUACUUUUUCCUUACAAAUUAGGUCGUGAAUAAGGUGUUAUCUUCAUAUUUAUUACCUUCUCAAUUAAUCUCUGUACGUAAUCUGUAUUUUCUCAAAGUAUAAUACCGGAAUCGAUCAUUUUUUCUCGUGGAUCAGCUAACAUAUAUAUAAAUCGUGUUAUAGACGAAAAUCUGUGUGUUCUCCACUAAAUAUGCAUGCAGAUCAUUGAUUGAUUUAACAAAAGCUUCUUGAUUAUGGAGGGCGAUGUUGAGUAUACGGAGAUAUCAGAGGAGCAGCAGGAGUCGAUCGGAGUUCGAGCAGGCUGCUGAAAGGUACGUAUGAUGAUGAUUCAACUUGUAGAGAUCGAAUAUACUUCGAAACUAGCUGCUCUGUUAAUAUAUAGAUGGAUAGAUAGAUAGAUUGAUGGGAUCUUCCUCCAUUUAUAUAUAGUUUAUUGGUGAGUAGUGAUCUCAGCUAAUAGAGCUUUUCGUGCCAUGGGUUGGAGUUUGUGUGGAUUCUGCCAAUGACAUGCAUGAUAGACUACAACUUCAUUCAUUCAUUCACCUCAAAAAUUACCUUAAAAAUUUGGUCUCAAGUCACACACGCACACACACAUGUGCCCAUAACUUUUCAUUUGUUUUAGUUUUGGCAUCUUUCAAAACAAAUUGGGAAUCAUUUCAGAGUUUAUAGGGUGACAUAUGAAUGUGCCAAUCUAGAUAUAUGAGUAUUUUAUACUAAGUUUAGAAUGUGAGGUAGUUAAGUAUGUCAUGUCUUUCAUUGUGGAAGUUUGUAUUGAAUUUUCUAGCUAUAUGUUGAUUCUUUAAAAUUGAAGGGGAAUUUAUCAGGUUGAGGUUUAAGAUUGAACUUAUAUUCGGAAUCUCUCGUUCUCUUUCGAUUUCGCAACAUCAUCAAUUUCUCAACAACUGAAAUGAUCAAUGGUUUCUCAAACUCCACAUCUGAUUAUUCAGUAAACAUUCUUUCUCCCAAGUGGGUUUUCUUCUUCAUGCUUUUCCUCUUUGGUGUCCUAGCUAGUAGGAAUAUUAUAUCAUUGAAACUUGGAAAAUGAUGGUUGAUCAAACCAACUAAUCAAGUAGCUAUAUGAGUGAACAAAUUGCAUUGUGGAGAUGUAAAAGUACUAUUCACUUCUAAUCAAGCUUCUUCUUGCUUAUAGACAAACUCAGCAAACCCACUAUGUAAAUAUGUAAUCUGAAUUAUUAUGUGUAACUUAGUGUUUGCAGAUUUAUGUCAUGAUGAUGAGCUGCCUAGCUAGAUAGGUAAUUGGCUCAAUCUCUGUUGUGAACUUUGGUGGACCAAGUUUUGAUUUGGAUCUUUUGUGAGUUUUCAAAAACACACUGCUGAUCUCUCCCUCUCCCUCAGAAACCAUCAUUCAGUAGCCAUCUCUCAGUCUGUCUCUCUGUUUCUUUUGGGCCACCCUAUGUGUCUCACCUAUUUCAAUAAUGGUACUAUUGGAACUUGAUCACUUGCUAGCCUUGUUGGCCCCAAAAUAUAUGUGCAUAUAUACCCCCUCAGUGAAAAAUAUAAUUAGCUUGUUUAUCUUUUCAUUGAUUAAUAUGUACAAUGUUUUUGUAUGUCUAAUGCGGCUACAUUUAGGGUUUGGAGGUGGGAAAUCAGAAAUGCCAUAUAUAUAUAUAUAUAUAUAUAUAUAUAUAUAUAUAUAUAUAUCGGUAUGAGUAUUGAGUCAAAGGCAAGAUGAGGAUCGAUCGAUGGAGGAGUUUUAUCGAAGGCUGACCUAAUCGAAUUGAAUAACAUCUCGCGAUAUGAUCAUUCAAUUAAGUCGUCUUCGUUAACUCAUCCGAUCCGCGGUACGUACUCCAUUCCUUCGUUCAUUCAUUUCUUCGUUCAACUUGGAUCUUCGUAACAAAGACAGCGACGAUUCGUGUCGUUCUGGAGAUCUGUGUGCCAUCCUUGUAGCUUUAUGAUCACCAUGGACCUCAAAAGCAAUCGAUCGAUCUAGGUGGGUUCACAUGUUGGAUUGAUCAAUCUCAUUCACUUAGCUCAUAUAUCCACUCGUCCUCCCUAGCUAGCUAGCUUUUUGUAGUUCUUUCACAGUCGUGAAAAUCCAAGGCCGGCCCACUGAUCGAUUUCAAAUCUAUCUUCAAUGUAUCGACGAGUUCCCUUUUGCUCGAUCUCUUUCCCUUAAUUUCCAAUAAUAGGUGGGCAUGGAAGUUCCAUUCUUGUGAGCCCUAAUGGCUAUCUCUUUUUCAAGAUCGUGUCUGUACUAUGUGUCUGUGGUGGCCUAUCUAGCUAGUCGUUUAGUUACUGCUAUGUACUUCGUAAAUUUGAUUAAUCAGAGCCGAUCACACUUUAUUAAAUUCUGUGUCUAUCGCGCGGUACAACUUAAACCGAUACUUGAAAUGAUACAAGAGCCUUUGAUAUCGAAUCCUAAUAACCUCAUGACUGAGAAAGAUAUAACUAACAUAUUCUCAACAUGAUAAAGUGAAGCUUAACACUUUUGACUAAUCAUAUUGAUUACGAUUUGUAGCUAUCCUUCCUGUUGUACAUGUGCUAACCUUAGUUACUUCUUAAUUAGGAUCUGACGUCUAUAUGCUUCCUCCACCACUGAAAGGAUUUGUUUUUCUGCACUACUGGAUUGCCAGAAUCUCGUUUAACCUUUCUUAAACCAAUUUCAAUGUUGAGCUCAGCUAAAGAUAAUGAACUCAUUAAUUAACCCUAAUUAUCAUAUUGCCGCACUAAAACUAAUGAUGAUCUGUUGACCCGUUGCAGUUUGGACAAUAGGCAAGCACAAAUAUGAAUUAUAAAUUAUAAUUUAAUGAAGCAUCUCUUUGAUUUGAACAUGUGUUGAGAUUUCAGUUUUUCAAGGGAGUGGUUAAGUAUUAUAUAUGGACAUCUUCCAAUAUUUCGGAUUAUGGGGACUAACUGGUUUAUGACGUGAUAUUAGAGUUGAUUUGUCUUUUGAGAUCACGUGGUUAUGUUCUCACGAUCCCCCAAUAUAAAUAGUUGUCUUAAUAUGAAAUACAUGGUAUGGUGGGCAUGUGCAAACUUCAAGCCUAUGAAUUGAUUUUCAAUUGAAAGAAUGUAUAAGAAAGUAAUUAAAUAUCAAACAUUAACAUCUCUCAACAACUCGAGUUAUUGGAGACCCAUAUGUUUACUAACAGUUCUUGUUUUUGUUGUCAUCGUAGCCGACUUUCAAAAACACAUAUAUUUAAGAAUGUGAUUGACCG